AGCUGGGGGCGCGGGGAGGCCGGGCGCGCGCGGGCCGAGCCCGCGGGCCGCUGGUCCGAGGCCAUGGAAGACGAGCAGCCCGACAGCUUGGAGGGCUGGGUGCCGGUCCGCGACGACCUCUUCGCCGAGCCCGAGCGACACCAGCUGCGCUUCCUCGUGGCCUGGAACGACGCGGAGGGCAAGUUCGCCGUGACCUGUCACGACCGCACGGCGCAGCGGCGGCGGCGCGAGGGGAGCCAGCCCGAACCAGAGCCCGAGCGGGCCGCGUCCCCCCCGAGCUGGGCGGGCCUGCUCUCGGCCGCCGGGCUCCGCGGCGCGCACCGGCAGCUGGCGGCGCUCUGGCCGCCCCUGGAGCGCUGCUUCCCGCCGUUGCCGCCCGAGCUGGACGCGCGCGCCGGCGGGGCCUGGGGCCUGGGGCUCGGGCUCUGGGCGCUCGUGUGGCCGGCGCGCGCGGGCCCCGGCGACGCGGCGGUGCAGGAGCUGUGCGGGCGCCUGGAGCGCUACCUGGGCGAGGCCGCGAGCGGCUGCGGCGGCGCGGCGGUGCGCGACGCGCUCUUCCCGGCCGACGGCGGCGCGCCCGACUGCGAGAGCCUGCGCGACUUCCGGGAGAGGGCCCUGCGCGCGCGGUGGGCCGCGGCGGGCGCGCGGCUGCGCCAGGUUCUUCAGGGGCAUGAUCAAGCCCACACCAUGGUAGCACUAAUGAAAGUUUAUCGAGAGGAAGAUGAAGCAUACCAAGAGUUAGUUACUGGAGCAACUACAUUUUUCCAGUAUUUACUGCAGCCAUUUAGGGAUAUGAGAGAAGUUGCAACUUUAUGUAAGCUUGAUAUUUUGAAAUCCUUGAAUGAGGAUGAUUUGGGUCCUAAGAGGAUAGUUGCCUUGCAGAAAGAAGCCAAAGAAUGGACCAGACAGGCUGAAGAAGCUGUAGUCUCUAUUCAGGACAUUACAGUGAAUUAUUUUAAAGAAACAGUAAAAGCAUUAGCAGAAAUGCAGAAACAAAUGGAACAGGACAAGAAGAGAUUUGGCCAGGCUGCCUGGGCCACAGCAACUCCCAGGUUAGAAGAACUCAAGCUGAUGUUAGCCCGAGAGACUCUACAGCUUAUGAGAGCCAAAGAGUUGUGUUUAAAUCACAAAAGAGCUGAAAUUCAGAGGAAGAUGGAAGAUCUUCCAGAACAAGAAAAAAAUGUAGAUGUUGUAGACGAAUUAGAAAUACAGUAUUAUGAAGUCCAGUUAGAACUGUAUGAGGUUAAAUUUGAGAUAUUAAAAUAUGAAGAAAUACUGCUUAUAACACAGUUGGACUCAAUUAAAAGGCUUAUAAAAGAUAAAGAGGAUGAAGUUGUCUAUUACGACCCAUGUGAAAGUCCCGAGGAGCUUGGAGCCCUUGACUGUGUGACAGGGCUGCCAAAUGACAAGAGUGUAGAGGUACGGGAGCUGAGCCGGCAGCGCCAGCGCCUGGAGACUCAGCGGGGCACGAUCUGUGCCCGGAGAGCCUGUCUCAGGAACAGAAAGGAUCAAUGCAAAGAGAAUCAUCGGCUGCGACUGCAGUUGGCUGAAGAAAGGAUGAAACAUUUUCAUCAGCAUCAUAGUAUCCAGGUGAAAAGAGACAAGAUGAAAGAAGAGGAGAAAAAGAAAAAAGAAUGGAUAAACCAAGAACGCAAAAAAACACUCCAGCGGUUGAGAGCAUUUAAAGAGAGAUGUCCAGGUGGGUCUGUACUAAAGACCUCUUGCUCAGAGCCUGCAGCUCCACACCUGCCAGGUGGGCUUUCCCUGCAGACCUCUCCCGCGGCUGCUGCAAGCCAUCUGUCCUCUGGGGAGACCAGAAGGGCUCCCCCCUCUGAAGUCAAUAACGCUAAAACUUCUGAGGAUCUGCACGACCCUGGAAAUACCGCCCAGAGUUCUGUUCUAGUUGGUGACCAGACACAUUGCAGAUCCAGUGAGGAACUGUCACCGCCGCCCCCUCCACUGCCACCCCCACUGCCGCCCCCUCCACCGCCGCCUCCACCACCCUUCCCUGCUCGGCCCUUUUCUUAUUCUCAAUCAACGAAUCGCCAGAACUCACACUUGAGAACUCCAGUAGCCGAGGAUCAGCCACUGCCCCUGAUGUGCGAACCAUCUGCUGGGAGACCACACUAUUCCUCAGCUGCUCUCGGAGGCCCAGGAUCCAUGGAUGAAGUGCUGGCCUCCCUGCGGAGCAGCAGCACCCCUCUGCGGAGAGUGGAAGCGCCCACUUUGAGCCCUCCCCGUGCCUCGUUCAACGAGCAGCUUCUGGCUGCCAUCAGGCAGGGGGUCAAACUGAAGAAAGUUCACUCUGGCCCAGGCCUGAGCCCCAGCAACAAACCAGCCAGCGACCUGGAGAGAAGUAUCAAGGCAGCGCUCCAGAGAAUCAAGAGAGUGUCUGCUGACUCGGAGGAGGAGGAGGGGGAGGGGGAGGGGGAGGACGGUGAUGAGCAGAGCCCUGGUGGCUGCGGUGGUGGCGGUGAGUGGGACCGCUGAGCUCUGUCCCUGCCGCAGGCUCCACACCGGGUGGCUGAACAAGGGGACGCAGGCCCAGGGUCUGUUCUGGAAAAGCACAUGAGCAGGUCCAUCAGCCACGUGACAGCCUGGUUGGUGAGCAGGGCUCCGUGUGAUGUUGCAGCUUUUCUGGAAUGCCGAGGCUCUUAACAUCAGGGCAGGAAGUCGAGGGCUGGUGACUUCCACACACCAAAAGGUAGUUGGGAUCUAAGAACCCACUGUAUUACCGGCGUAAGAGAACAGUAUUUAUUUUCCACCAAGGAUUAUCUGGAAUCAUUCCCUCGUUCUGAAAAAAGUUGAUAACCACUGUGCUCAGCAGCGCUGUUGAGCUACGGACCGCGUCUCCCUGUUUGGGUGGAGCGGGGGUCUCCUUGCACAGAAGGCUUCGAAUGUGAAAAUGAUUUUAGCAAGAAUCAGAAUAAACUGCUCAUAGCCAGGAAAUAUUUUAAAUAUUUUAAAUGAAAUCUAUUUUAUGUAUUGAGCACUAUAUAAACUCAUAAUAAAGAACUAUUUAUAAUGCA